UAUAAUUUGUACCCUCCUUUCUGGUUCCCCAUCCUUAUAAAAUUAAUUAAUUAUUAUUUAUUUAAUAUAUUUUUUUGAAGGUUCGAGCUCGCCGGCGUUGAUGGCGACGGGGAUCUCGGGCGUGGCAACCGCCGCAGCGUACCGGUUCAACCCGGGGCUGUUUCCGGAUGCUCCGAAAAUCGUAGCGAAGAGGACCCCACGUGUCCCGCGGCGGUGCUCGAGGCAGAGGUGGAAGAGAUUGUCGGCCGGCGGCGGAGGAGAUGACGUUAAUGAAUUGGAAGUGGUGAAUAAGGUUUCGAAUGCGACUGUGGAGGAGAAAUUGGCCAGGAAGAAAUUGGAAAGAGAAACUUAUCUUGUCGCUGCAAUUGUAUCGAGCUUCGGGAUUACUUCAAUGGCCGCCGUCGCCGUUUGUUACAGAUUCUCAUGUCAAAUGGGGAACGGAGAGUUUCCAGUAGUUGAAAUGUUGGGUACUUUCGCUCUUUCUAUUGGCGCUGCGGUGGGAAUGGAAUUUUGGGCAAGGUGGGCUCAUAGAGCGCUGUGGCAUGCUUCAUUAUGGAAUAUGCACCAGUCUCAUCACAGGCCUAGAAAUGGAGCAUUUGAACUAAACGACGUGUUUGUGAUUAUCAACGCUGUGCCUGCCAUUGCUCUUAUUUCCUUCGGCCUCUGCAAUAAAGGCUUCAUUCCAGGCCUCUGCUUUGGUGCCGGUUUGGGCAUUACGGUCUUCGGUAUGGCUUAUAUGUUCGUACACGACGGCCUCGUGCACCGUCGUUUCCCGGUGGGCCCCAUAGCAGCUGUCCCCUAUUUACGACGUGUCGCGGCUGCCCAUCAUGUACUUCUUUCAUCACUCGUAGCUUUCUACGACAUGUCGCCUGCUUCUAUUCAUCACACGGACAAAUUCAACGGAGUCCCAUACGGAUUGUUUUUAGGACCCAAGGAAUUAAAGGAAGUGGGUGGAGAGGAAGAGUUGCAGAAGGAAAUUGAAAGGAGAAGCAAGGGUUACAAAAGUUAAUUUUUAAUUUUUGUUUUAAUAAUAAUAACAAAAAUAGUAAAAUUACUUUCUCAAAAAAUAGAAAAAAAG